AUGACUGGAGGCAAGUCCGGAGGCAAGGCCAGCGGUGCCAAGUCCAACGCGCAGUCCCGUUCAUCCAAGGCCGGUCUCGCAUUCCCAGUCGGUCGUGUCCACCGUCUCCUCCGCAAGGGCAACUACGCUCAGCGUGUCGGUGCUGGUGCUCCCGUCUACCUCGCAGCCGUGCUCGAAUACCUGGCUGCUGAGAUCCUCGAGUUGGCCGGCAACGCAGCUCGUGACAACAAGAAGACCCGUAUCAUCCCGCGUCACUUGCAGCUCGCCAUCCGAAACGACGAGGAGUUGAACAAGCUUCUGGGUCACGUCACAAUCGCACAGGGUGGUGUUCUGCCAAACAUUCACCAGAACCUGCUCCCAAAGAAGACCACCGGCACAAAGCCAGGCAAGGGCCCGUCGCAAGAGCUUUAG